UCACACUCACACACACAUUGCGGCUAUGAGUGGGCAUGUACAUGUGUGUGUGUUUAUGUGUGUUGUGAGGCGCAUUGAGCAGGCAGAAACCCCACACUGCCUCCAGCUUUCAGCGCUGCGAGGAGAAAACACUCAUGUCUGGAGCUCGUGAAUAAAGCAGCCAUGGAGCACCGAGGAGGCAAAACCAGCGACAAAGAAAAGCACGAUCCUGCUGCGCCUUCAUGGAGCCAAAAUGGCGGCCCGGAGGAAGAGUGUGGAUACCCGGACGGUCCCGAUGAAGAGAAGCGGCUCAAGAGAGUCUCACGGGCCGCGAAACCAGCCGAAGAGCAGCCGCGACUGAACUUCCACAUCCCCCGGAAGAGCAGAGAAAAGAGAGCUCUGUUUCAGCAUGUGUCCCUGGAGUCCCGGGAGUUCUCCGAGAUCCAGCAGAUCCUCACCUCCAGCUAUAAGGACAGCUCCUCCGCUGGGACGUUCCUGUACUCCAAGCCUCGCCUUGUGCACAACGACCCGCUGGAGAAAGACUUCAUGGAGAAGCGGCGGGAGCUGAAGCUGGACGGGCGCACGGAGAAGGAGCUGUCUGAAUCCUUCUGCUUCCUCUUGUGUGACGCUCAGAAGGUCUCCGUGGUGUGUGAGAGAGGCCUGUCUGUGGGGAGCAGCUGGAUGAACAUGCUGGGGAAUCCAGCGAAAGGGGUUUACCUGUGUCAGUUCUCUGACCUGCUUCAGAUCACCCCCAUCGAGCCUGGAUCCACGGGAAACAUCGUCAUAUUCAAAGUCAUUAAGGGUAAAGUCAAGAGUGUGCAUGACUGUAUGUCCAGAUGUAUAGAUCCCACUCCUAAGUUUGACAGCCACUUCUCCAAGAACUCAACGCGCGUGACAUCACUGCAGGCGUACAGGUCGUUCGAGUACACUCAGCAAUACUUCUACGAGUACGUGGACUUCGAGAUCUCGUCCCGGCCGAGACACGUGUGUCCGUACGCUGUGGUCUCGUACAGCUUCAAGAGUAGAGAGACCUCCACGGCCGUGCCCAAACCCCUUGCUCCGCUCAGGACCAGCAGUCAGCCAUCGGGGACGAGCAGAGGCAGGCGCAGCUACACCGUGUGGCGUGGGCACUUCGUGAACCAGGGGAGAGAUAUGUACCAGGCCUGCCUUCGCUCGCUCUCCCGCCCGUUCCUGCCGUACAAAUUGCCGGAGAAGAUCGAGGUGGGCACCGUGAUGCGUCUGCAGCAGGUGAAGCAGAAGAUGUCGCCCGCACUCUUCUCCUGGAGCAUCUACACCGGCAGCCACGAAGUGUGUAAGAAUGGCAUGGUCUGCUGUCUGUUUGACGUGGUGGAGAAGGACAAGAGCUUGAGCGCUCUGCUGCAGACUCUGGAGGAGCAGGGACUGGUGCUGGUGAACAUGGUGAAGGACAGAGGGUUCCUCUUCUUGCUCUCCUCCAGUCAAAUGGCCAACUCCAGCGAGCGACGAGGCGGCUGGAAGAUGUCGUGUAUACAAGCACUUUUCAUUUAUCGAGAGAAGCGAGAGCUGUUAAAGAGCCCGGCUCCCUGCCGGCCGGCGUCCUCCGAGCGCUGGGGUCCCGUCAUGCCCCAGCACGACUCGUUCGUGUCCGCUCUACACCUGGCCCUGAGCAAGGCCCGUGCGGACCCCCCCGCCGACCCCAGCGCCUGCGUACAGCAGUCGGUGUGCGAGUACCUCACGCACCUGCGGCUGGGCAAGCCCAUGCAGCGCGUGCGCACCGACUACGACCCCAAGCUGGACGUGCGGGAGAAGCUGUUCCCUGCCCCCCGGCAGAAGCCCAGCAUAGAGCCGUUCCUGCGGCCCUACAUCUACAGCCCGGGCCUGUUCACGCUGGGCCUGCACGGCCUGAAGGCGGAGGUGGAGGAGCUGGUCCACGCCGGCACCGCUCAGGAGAACCCCGAGAGAGUGCAGGAGCUGCUGGAGCUCAUCCAGCUCAACAAGAAAAGCUCGCAGGGUGGCGCAGGGGCCGAGGCCGCGGAGAAGAGGAAGGGGGAGCUCCACGCUGCCGAGGGAGCCGCCAAACGCCUGAGGAGCAAGCCCAGCGAUGAGCUCGCGGAAGCAGCGGAUGAGCGGGAGUCUGCUCCUCAUCUCUCUGAUGUCCUGAGCAGCGUCGGCCUUCAGGACACAGACCUGAGGAAGGACAAGUCUCAGAGUGCGCUGAAGGUCAUGCAGAUGCUGGAGAGCUUCGGGAAGACCAGUCUCGACACAGACCUGCGCAAAGACAAGAGCCACGGGGCGCUGGAGGUCAUCAAGCUGAUCGACACCCUGACCAGAGCCUCCUCCGAGUCCCCCGCCGACUCCGAGCUGAAGGAGGCGGACGACAUCUCUGACACCGCGCUGUUCGACAGCAUGCUGAGACUCGGCCUCCCCACGGACCGGGACAUCGACCUGAGGAAGAGGUUCAUCCACGACGACGAGCCCGGGAGGACCGACGGCCUCGAGGAGGAGACGGCCGGAAGCCUGAGCAGUCUAGAAGCGUUCAGCCCGUGCUCAGACUCAGGCGGACAGCAGCGCGGCGUCAACCUGCUCGGAGAGAAGACCAUCCCGUGGGUGCUGAUACCCAUCACAGGUCUGAAAACGGAGCGAUAUUCCCAGAGACAGAUGGACUACCCUGAAGACCCCCGCUUCGUCCAGAGCCCAGUCGUGUCCACACACACCACACCUGACAAGAAGGAGCUGUCGCCCGCCUACCAGCCCGACAGCAGCAACACCGCCUGCGAUCUGGAGGAUCCUGCCGACGCGGCAGAGGAGGACGAGCCCGUUCCUGCGGCCGCGGGAGCUGAGAGCCACACUCCUGCUGACCCGGCGCUGGGGCCCGGCGGCGUCGACCUCAUAGUGGACGAGCAGAUCUCAGGCUUCUCCUGUGAGGUCGAGCAGCUCCUGAGGAACAGCCACAUUUAUUACGUCUCGAGUUUAAGCGCUCUGGGCUCGCGAGGACCGCUCAAGACUCCAGUCCUGCCACUCUCUGAUUACAUCUCAAACUUCCACACACCCUUCCCUGUCACCAACUACAUCAGCUCUUUCCAGGACAGCCUGAAGGAGUUCAUAGACUCCCAGAGUGCCAGUGGAGCCCGCUCCGCUCAGGAACUCGUGUCUUCGUCCACUUCUGCACCUGAAGUUACCUCAAAUGUCCCUGAUACGUCCUCCAGCAUCUAUCCUUGUGCUUCCUCGCCUUCGACCACCACUUUUGAGUCGUUUCUGAGGCCGUGUUCCCCUUCUAGCGCCCUACCGGACUCACUGACGCCACAUCACCCGGGUGAUGUCCACGAGCCUCCCCGAACGCUGUGGCCGCAGGACUCCGAGAGCCAGACCCAGGAAGCCAACAGCACCAGUGCUCUUGCGGAGAUGAACGGGGGUCCGGAGACUACGGAGAUGGCCCACACACACACUGAUGACGUCCCGAUGGCCCACGUACACACACUCCCUGAAGAUGUCCCGAUGGAGCGCGCACACACUCUCACUGAAGAGAUCCCGAUGGAGCACGCGCUCAGCUCCAUCAUCCAUCAGCUGCAGCCGGAGGUCAUCAGUAACCUGGUGGAGAUCCUCAAAGGGGUUCAGAAGAACUCGGUUCACUUCUACAUCCAUUCCACCAACGAGGAGGAGGAGAGCGACGUCUGCUGGGAAAUAAAGGAAUAUUUGAAAAAGUUGGGGGAUUUGGAGUGUAAUCCUCAGGCUUUCCUCGAGAAAAGCAAUAGUCAAGAUAAACUACUGGUCAUCAUCCCGAAUAUGGACAUCGCCACACAGGUGCACAAGAUCCCUUCUUUGGUUGCGCUGAAGAAGCAUCCCUCUGUGAGCUUUGCUGGCGUAGACAAUCUGAGUGACAUCCAGAACCACACCUACAAUGAGCUGUUCCAGUCCGGGGGCUUCAUUGUGUCCGACGAGCACGUGUUGAACCCAGCCGUCAUCACCGCAGAGAAGCUUCGAGAUAUCCUCGAGCACAUCGAGCGGCUGAACUCUCCUCAGAGCCCCUGGAGGUGGAGGAUACACUUCAAAUCACACAAGAAGCUCCGAGAGCACAGCAGGCUCAAAGUGGAUGCCUUGAACUUGUACGAGAUCCUCACGGCUUAUGAGAAGAGGCACAUUGUGGAGAUCCUGUCGUACCACGAGUGUGACGCUCCGUCACGAAGAGCACCGGACCUCGGCUGUCUGGUGGAUCUGCAGGCGAGAUUCGUCAAGCAGCGACACCUGAUAUUUCUCACAGGCUUCCAGUUCGAGAUGUUCCCCCAGUACUCGAGCAGUGGCAUCAUCAUCGCCAAUGUUGACGACGUAAAGUUUGUGAUAAGCAGUUUAGCCAGUGGAGAGGCCGUGGCCAGCGUCCCGCCUGUGGAGACUUACCCCACUCCUGAUCCAGCGUCAUUGAGAGAUGAUAGCAUGUCCAUGGACUCGGAUCAGGACUCUUCAGGUAACACUCAGUUGAGCCAUGUUGUUACAGACCAUCAGCCGUCCCCGUUCCCUCCCGCCUCUGAACCCGCUCUUCAUCAACACCCAGCGGACACCGAAACCAGCGACACGCCCAAAGAGUUGGACUUUAAAGCUCUCAGCGAAGCAAUCUCUCAGUUCAAGGCUUCCAGGAUGCUCGCGCAGUGUGACGCAGGCGACGCUUUAGAAACGUCUUUUCGAGUGGAUACUCACCAAAGCUUCCUCGGCGAUCUGUGUGAUUUCUCCUCGGACACCCACGACCCACCGCCUGAACCCGCCGCCCCGGCUCCAUCUCGUGUUGAAGCUAGCGCCGAUGCGGACCAUCAAGGAGGAUCGGUGUGUGUCCUCACACCGGCCGCACCAAUCCCUGAAAACAAUAACCCAGACCCUGCGGCGCAAACCAGCCCGAUCCCGGUCAUAGACACGCGGUCCGGCAUGACUGCGAGGAAAGCCGAGGGUGGUCAAGCGUCCAGUGUUUUGGGGACCCCCCCGAUCAGUUUCCUUUCCACACCUAGAUAUGGCAUGGGCGGUUUUUACCCAGGACUGCAGGGUUCUGGCUUCAUGUCCGCCACACAUCAAGCCAUGAUGGGGUUUGCGUCUGGGUUCGGACACCCUCUUCUGAACUGCACGGUCUCCAAUGGCCUGGGUGUGGUGGGACCUCCCGCCUGGAGAGGGCUCCUGCCCAAUAACAGCGUUCCGAUGGCGUGGCACAGCUCGGCUCAAGGGUCCUUAUCGCCGGGCCUGUGGGCGGCCCGCUUCGGCAGCAACGUCCAGCAGAUCCAGAGUGCCCCGUUCCUCCAGAACUGGCAGAGAGACGCACACCGUCCCGACGGGGGAGGCUUCGGGAGCUGGUGAACCCCCAGUGUGUGUGUGUAGAUAGUUUAACACGUUUACAGCUGAAAAUCUCAGUUUGUCUUUUGUACAAUAUGAGAGAAAUGACACGGUUCCAGGUUGUGAUUCAUUUCAUAUUUUUCAGAAAACAUAUUUUGUAUUUUGCUUUUGCAUGUUGGUCGGGCUGAACAUGUUGGUUUCUUUCCCCUUUUGUGAAAAAGCUCAAGGCCUUGGUUUUAGUAUUAUUUUUUAUAAAGCCGAUUAACAUUAAACAACUUUACAACCAA